AUGUCGCCAAUGUCCCAAUGGCUAUGGAUGGCCCUCGCGAUGGCAACUGCCUCUGCGGCACAAGCCUCCAGUGUCAUGGACACAUAUGACUAUAUAAUCAUAGGCGGCGGAACCGCGGGCAUGACUCUAGCUUCAAGAUUAUCUGCAGUUCCAGAGAACACCGUGCUUGUUAUUGAAGCUGGAUCCCUAGAUAAUUACGAAGCUGCAGUCAUGAUUCCUCGAUUUUAUCCAGGAGCAUCUGGCUUCGCUCCUGGAACUAGAUACGACUGGAACUUGACGACGGUGCCCCAAACAUUUCUCCAAGGGCAGACUGUCAAUCUGACUCAAGGCCAAACCAUCGGAGGCAGCAGUACUGUGAACGCGAUGAUCUUCGACAGAGGGAUGCCGUCGAACUAUGAUUCUUGGGCCGCACUUGGUAACGAAGGCUGGGGUUUCGAGAACCUAUUACCGUACUUCAAGAAGAGCGAGACCUUCGCAGCAGCGACUCCAGAGCAUGCCUCACUCUACGGCCUGACGCACGAUCCAGCUUGCCAUGGAUACGAAGGGCCAGUGCAGUCAAGCUAUCUCGCCUGGUCGCAUCCAAACAAUAUCACCAAGAUAAUUCUUGACACGGCAAACGGAAAAAUGAUUGCAAAGGGAGUCGAAUUUUCCUCGACAACCGAUGGCUCUCUCCAGACUGCUGUCGCUACCCAGGAAAUUAUUUUGUCAGCAGGUGCUCUGAACUCCCCAAAGAUUCUGCAGCUGUCCGGAAUUGGCCCAGCCCAUUUGUUGACUAAUACCGGGAUUAAUGUUACGGUCGACUUGCCUGGGGUUGGCGAGAACCUCCAGGACCACCCGUUUGGGCUGACUCUCGCAUCACUAAACCCCGGUAUUCCUGCAAACUCUGACCUUGACAAUGCAACCUUUGACGCUGAGCAACGGGACCUCUACUAUGCUGAGAGAAAAGGUCGUUGGACUGACACUAUUGCGGAAGCGCUCGCUUUCAUCCCGCUUUACAACUUCACUGAAGCCGACUUGUCUAACAACCUCAUUUCGUCUAUUGAGGCGAAUUCUACACAAUAUCUACAUGACAGUAUCGACAGUACGGUGGUUGCUGGCUAUGAGAAGCAGACAGGGUUGAUUGCGUCGAUGCAUUCGAAAGGCUCCACCGCCGCAAUGGAACUGCUCUACGUUGACGGAGGUCGCUCAGUCGUCAAUAUCCUAAUGCAUCCACUCAGCAGAGGAACGGUAUCAAUCACGUCAUCAGACCCCUUUGCACCUCCCGCCAUCGACCCCAGGUACUUUUCCCAUCCCUACGAUGGGCAGGUACUUGUCGAGUCAUUGCGGUUUAACAGGAAACUGUUGGCGACUGCGUCCAUUCAAGCUCUAGCUGCAACCGAGACGCUUCCGGGAACGGCCACCGAAAGCGAUGCGGACAUACUGAGCUUCAUCAAAGGGGUCACCUCAACGGAGUACCACUAUGUAGGAACUUGCGCAAUGCUCCCGAAGGCUCUGGGUGGCGUCGUGGACGCUGAGUUGAAAGUCUAUGGUGUUGAUGGUUUGCGAGUCGUUGAUGCGAGUAUCAUGCCCCUGUUGCCAUCAGCGCAUACCCAAGCGACGGUGUACGCAAUUGCAGAGAAGGCUGCAGAUAUCAUUUUGGGACAUUCGGUAGAAGGUCGUGAAUAA